UUUGUCAUUUUAAUUUUUUGCAAACUAUAAUUAGCAUAAAAAAGAAUAAAAAAUAAAAUCUGCAAAACAAAACCUUGUACCACUGAAGGAGGGAUUAUACAAUUUUCAUGACGUAUACCAUACUUUCCUUAUUCAAUUUAACUUGACAGAAUCAAAUAAGUUUUGUACCAAAGUCCUGAAUGAACCAUGUUCAGACCGACACUUAAUUACACGAUUUCGGAUUUUGAAUGGAUUAUCCCACUAAUACUAUGUUCACACCGAAAAUUUAAGAGAUUAGAUUACAUUUAAGCAUUUCAUAACCCAAAAGUGUUCUUAAGUGAUUCUAACCGCGUAGCACUGAAACGUUUGCUGUAUGUACAGGUAGCGCUAAAAAUGUGUAGUCAAUAUGGAGCAAAUUGAACAAGGUCUAUUUGGAUAAAGGCAAGUACAUAUGUAUAUAAAUAUUCGUACUAUAACUUCGUUUAAUUAUGUGUAUAUAAUUCAGACUCGUGGCCAAAUGUUUUGGGAAGUCGACUGCCAGGUGAAUUCAGAUGUUGAAAGGCUUGGAGAAGAAAAACACUAGCUACCGCAAAGCAAUUCAAUUAGAGAAACGCAUUGUCAUUGCUUUAUAUGCUCUUGGCUCUUCUGCAGUAUGCCGAUCAAUUGGAAAUAUGUUCGGAAUUGGUAAAAGCACUGUCUGCUCCAUUCUAAUUGAUUUCUGUCAUGAAGUCUGGCGUUGUUUGUGGCCUUUGUAUUUGAAGAAAUUCCCAAUGAACGAAAUUCAAUUGCGCGAGUAUUUAAAUGGCUUUGAGUCAUUGGGUUUCCCUCAAGUGUUAGGAGCUAUAGAUGGUUGUCAUAUAAAAGUUCGCCCGGCUGCAGAGGAUGCUGUUGACUACUACAAUUACAAAGGCUGGUAUUCCACAGUUCUUUUGGCUUUUGUAGAUGCAAGUCCCGGCCGUUGUAAUGACUCUUCAAUAUUUGAGAAAUCAUCUUUAAAACGCGAGUUGGCACAAUCUACUAUAUUUAAAGACAUGACUAGACAAAUAUCGUCAGUUAACGUUCCAGUCAUUUUUUUGGGCGACUCUGCGUUCAAAUUUGAUGAACAUUUGAUGAAACCAUACCCAUUUUGUGUAAACCAACCUUUGGAUAAAACAAAAUUCAACUAUGUACUCUCGAAAUGCCGAAGAGUGGUGGAGAAUGCUUUUGGUCAUUUAAAGGGAAGGUUUAGACGGUUUGGAAAAGGCUUGGAUAACCACAUGGCCAACACGAAAAUUGUCAUAAAAGCGUGCUGCGUUUUGCACAAUUUUUUAAAUGAGGAAAAUGAUGAAAUUAACCCUAGACAGCUAACCUUCGUCGAUUCGAAGAGCACGAGAAAGAAUAUUCGUUGCCUCUCUUGCCCGCGAGGUUUGAUCAUCCCAACGUUGCUUGUCAACUCAGUGUUCGCUAAGCUUUUCUGAGAGGCACAUGUGUUUGGUGGUUUUAAUCAUGGCUUCAAGUCGAUUGCUGUGUGAGGAAAGUAUAAUGCGUUUGUUAAUGGACGAGGACGAUGACUGGGCAUUGGAGGAAUUAUCCGAUAGCGAAACUGAAGACACUGUAUUGGUGGAUAAUGUUGAAAGUGAUAAUCAGUCAGAAGAGUCAUCAUUACUUUCGGGCGAUGAAGACGUUCAUGAGGGGGUUUCUGGUGCUUUGAUGAAUGAUGUGCCGGGACUUGCAACACCUUCUGCUUCAAACGAAGUAAGCUCAGGUAGCGAUCCUAGUAUCUUGGCAUUCUCAAGCAGCACUAUUCGCAGUCGGUCACGUCAUGUUUGGGCUACGCGCAAAGGGCGAACUUCGAAUAGAGCAGCAGCAAUAAAUAUUGUACGUGGA